GGGGGGGCACCAUGGACAAGUUCCGGAUGAUCUUCCAGUUCCUGCAAUCCAACCAGGAGUCCUUCAUGAACGGCAUCUGCGGCAUCCUGGCUCUGGCCAGCGCCCAGAUGUACUCGGCCUUUGACUUCAACUGCCCCUGCCUGCCGGGCUACAACGCAGCCUACAGCGCCGGCAUCCUGUUGGCGCCCCCCCUGUUGCUCUUCCUGCUCGGCCUGGUCCUGAACAACAACGUGUCCAUGCUGGCCGAGGAGUGGAAGCGCCCGCCGGGCCGACGGGCCAAGGACCCCGCCGUGCUGCGCUACAUGUUCUGCUCCAUGGCCCAGCGCGCCCUCAUCGCGCCCGUUGUCUGGGUGGCCGUCACACUGCUAGAUGGCAAGUGCUUCCUCUGCGCCUUCUGCACAGCCGUGCCCGUGGCCACGCUGGGCAACAGCAGCGUGGUGCCCGGCCUAGCUCCCCCCGAGCUUGCCCGGCUCCUGGCCCGGGUGCCCUGCCCUGAGAUCUACGAUGGCGACUGGCUGCUGGCCCGAGAGGUGGCCGUGCGCUACCUGCGCUGCAUCUCCCAGGCACUGGGCUGGUCCUUUGUGCUGCUGACCACACUGCUGGCCUUCGUUGUUCGCUCUGUACGGCCCUGCUUCACGCAGGCUGCCUUCCUCAAGAGCAAGUACUGGUCCCACUACAUUGACAUCGAGCGCAAGCUCUUCGAUGAGACAUGCACAGAACACGCCAAGGCCUUCGCCAAGGUCUGCAUCCAGCAGUUCUUCGAGGCCAUGAACCAGGACCUAGAGCUGGGUCACAGCCAUGCGGUGCUGGCCACAGGCCCUGCUGCCCCAGCCCCCAGCGACAGCACUGGGGAAGAGAAAGAGAAGCUGCGAGGGAUCACCGACCAGAGCGCCGUGAACAAGCUGCUCACCAGCUGGCACCAAUGCAAGCCGCCGCUACGUCUGGGCCAGGAGGAGCCGCUGAUGGGAAAUGGCUGGGUGGGUGGUGGGCCCCGGGUCCCCCGCAAAGAGGUGGCUGCCUACUUCAGCAAAGUGUGAGCUGCAGUCAGCUGAAGAGGCAGGAACCAUGGUCUGAAUUCACAGCCUCUCAGAUCCCCAAAGUACAUAGUCAAAUGAAGGCCGUAGGUACUGGGCAGUCAGCCUCUGGAGCAGACCCACCAGACCCAGAGGCAGGCCACUGGGAAGCAGGUGCUGUGACGUGACCCUGUGUGGCCCAGGGGCAGGGAGACCAAGAGCAGUGUUAGCCAGAAAGGGUAGGGCCCCUCUGGGGAGAGAUGGUUCACACCCAAAUGUCCUUUGUCAGGCCCCUUCUAAGGGUCUCUGGUUCACCAUCUCCACGCAGGUCUGGGGUGGGCCCCUACCCCAGACCCCUCUUGUCUGUGAUUUUUUUUUAGGCACUUAGCCCCUGUGCUCGUGAAUCAGGGAGCAGAAGAGCUUCCAACCUUUGCAUAACUGAUGCAGGGGCCCUCUGCUUUGGGCCAGAGUGUCCCAAGUGAAGCUGAGCAGGGUAGACCUCGGGUGAGCUAUCAGGAUACAGCACACAGCCUCCCUGGAGGGACUAUCUGGAGUGACUGGUGAGGGGGAUCAGGUGCUGUGGUCUAGGACCACCAGGUCGCUUGAUGACUGUUGGGGUUGGGCUGCACAUUGAUUUGGCACCAAGAACAAAAGGCCCCGCCCCCAGAUGAAAAGUUGGAGUGAGGAAAAGUUGAAGACCACCCUGGUGACUCCUCACAACUAAAUAGUUGUCGCAGAGGGAAAUCAGACCACUCCUAGGGCUUGAACAGCCAGAAAGAGAAGCUAAUGCCUCAUUUUCUCGAACGGCAGCUCUCCUGAAGUCGUGGUGAGGGUGGGGGGAUGGACAGGAAGGGAGCUGCGCGGAGCAGAAACAGCACAGGGAGACAGACCUCGGCCAAAUGCUGGCUCGACCACGUACAGCCUGUAAAGAGGUGGUACGUCUUCUGGGCCUCUGCUACCUCCUCCGUGAAAUGGGGAUGCCGGCGCCUACCUCCUGGGGUUGUGGUGAGCAUGAAGCCCGGGAAGGCACGUGGCACAUGGGAGGCAUGCAGGGCCUGGGGGCUUCGCUGAUUUCUGGAACUUGAGGCCAUCCCUCCUCCCUGGGGCAGAGGUGGAGAACAGACCAACAGAAGCCACUUGAACCCUCUUUGUUCAAGAAGAAGAAAUUGAGGGCCAUGUAGAUCGUUCAUCUCCUCGGCUAGCUUGAGACACAAGUUCCACCCACCCAAAGAUCCCUUGGUCUAGGUCCCUCCAACACUGCCUGAUUCCCAUCCCACCCUCUCCUCCCACUCCGAGAGCCACUGUCCCUCCUGUGAGUCAUCUGGGAGGAAGACGUUCCUGGUCGGUGGGUUGCAAGGGCUCCCCUGCCUCACGCAGGUUGAGCUGAAUGUGGGUCCCUGUAAGGGAAGGAUUCCAUGAAGGCCAGGCAUGUGUUGGUUGGGAUGGGUGGGGAAGAAGCGGGAGGUACAGGUGUGAAGGAAAGAGCCAUGCUGUGGGUCAGGCUGGCCUAGGUUCACAUACUAACAAGAACUCUCCGUCCCAAGGCAAAGAGCCCCCACUCUUUCAAGCCUCAGUUUGUCAAUCUAUAAAAUGUAUAUGGGAACA